UAUUUCGUUAGAGGUCGCGUGAAUGUAUCGUCACCACCACCUUCACACAGCACCUCCGAUUCGCGCGGUUGGCUGCGUGCGGUGCGAAAGAAACUACCAACUCGUGUUUUUAUUUCGCCAGGGGGUCUGUGGGGCCCCACUGAGCUGUGUGGCUCUCUGUUCAGAAGCGACUCUGGCCGUCACACGUGAUGGCCUCGACGAAGUGGCCAUUUGUAUCAGCCGCCAAAUAACUCAAAACACGCGCGGUGUCGAUUCUAAACGUGGAUGGGGAAAAACCGGAGGACCCGGAGAAAAAUCCACGCGAGCUCCAAAUAUACAGCAGCAGGCAUCGUCAGGGUCGGGAUCGAACCCACGAACUCCUGCAGACCAGGCGAGGUAGUUAACAUCUCCUAGCCACCGUGAUGAUGAUGAUGAGAGAGACGCAAACUCCAAAUAUACAGCAGCAGGCGUCAGCGUCGGGAUCGAACCCACGACCUCCUGUAGACCAAGCGAGGUAGUUAACAUCUCCUAGCCACCGUGAUGAAAAUGAUGAGAGAGACACAAACUCCAAAUACACAGCAGCAGGCGUCAGCGUCGGGAUCGAACCCACGAACUCCUGCAGACCAGGCGAGGUAGUUAACAUCUCCUAGCCACCGUGAUGAUGAUGAGAGACACGCAAAUUCCAAAUAUACACCAGCAGGCGUUCGGUUCUGAAUGGAACCCACGACCUCCUGUACACCAGGCGAGGUAGUCAACAUCUCCUGGCUACCAUAGCGAAGUUCAACAGACAGCCAAUGAGCAAGGCUGUUACAUGGACAGGAGGCGUCCCCAAUCGGUGACAACCUCAGCACCACACCGGGUUGCGUGUUGGGCGCAAACCCCCCCAGAGCAACGUUUUACAAUUCGAGUUGACGACGCUUCGGUGUUGAAAAUGUUGCGUCACACGCUCACACGUGAUGCCGAAAUUGUCACUUGCUGGGCACGUGGUGUCCCCUAUUGUGUGUGUCCUAUUGUGUGUGUGUGUCCCCUAUUGUGUGUGUGUGACCUAUUGUGUGUGUGUCCCCUAUUGUGUUUGUGUGACCUAUUGUGUGUGUGUCCCCUAUUGUGUGUGUGUCCCCCUAUUGUGUGUGUGUCCCCUAUUGUGUGUCCCCCUAUUGUGUGUGUGACCUAUUGUGUGUGUGUGUGUCCCCUAUUGUGUGUGUGUGACCUAUUGUGUGUGUGUCCCCUAUUGUGUGUGUGUCCCCUAUUGUGUGUGUGUGUCCUAUUGUGUGUGUGUGUCCCCUAUUGUGUGUGUGUCCCCUAUUGUGUGUGUGUCCUAUUGUGUGUGUGUGUCCUAUUGUGUGUGUGUGUGUCCCCUAUUGUGUGUGUGUGUCCCCUAUUGUGUGUGUCCCCUAUUGUGUGUGUGUGUCCUAUUGUGUGUGUGUGUCCCCUAUUGUGUGUGUGUGUCCUAUAUUGUGUGUGUGUGUCCCCUAUUGUGUGUGUGUCCUAUUGUGUGUGUGUGUCCCCUAUUGUGUGUGUGUGUCCUAUUGUGUGUGUGUGUCCCCUAUUGUGUGUGUGUCCUAUUGUGUGUGUGUGUCCCAUACUGUCUGUGUGUGUCCCCUAUUGUGUGUGUGUGUCUCCUAUUGUGUGUGUGUCCCCUAUUGUGUGUAUGUCCCCUAUUGUGUGUGUGUUGUGUCUCCUAUUGUGUGUGUGUCCCCUAUUGUUUGUCUCCUACUGUCUGUGUGUGUGCCCUAUUGUGUGUGUCCCCUAUUGUGUCUCCUACUGUCUGUGUGUGUCCCCUAUUGUGUGUGUCUCCUAUUGUGUGUGUGUUCCCUAUUGUUUGUGUCCCCUAUUGUUUGUGUGUGUCCCAUACUGUCUGUGUGUGUGUCUCCUACUGUCUGUGUGUGUCCCCUACUAUCUGUGUCUCCUACUGUUUGUGUGUGUCCCCUACUGUCGAUGUGCAUAGAAACUUCUUUAGCACCGUACGUAGCCAACCGUGGCUUUAUUGGAGGUGCGCGGUGGGGGGGUAGGGGGGCACAAACUCAACGCGCACGAAGCAGUUUCGAAAGAAAUGAGUUUGUCAACGUGGACGACGAUGAUGAUGACGAUGAUAACGAUGAUGACGAUGAUGAUGAUGGCGAUGAUGAUGAUGACGACGACGAUGAUGACGACGACGAUGAUAACGACGACGAUGAUGACGGUGAUGAUGCUGAUGAUUUAAAAGUGCACUGCACACCUCUCCCCGGCGGCUUGCUGAUAUCGCAAAGGGAGAGAGCGUUCCAGACGGCCGCAGAGGCUUGUCCCAGAGGCGCCGCGUGACGGCGCGGUGACCCCCCCCUCCCCGCCGCCUUUGUCCGACGGUUUGGCCAGAACCAAAAACAAGCCGCGCACGUUCUGAUCUCAAACGUGGCGCGCAUUAGCUGUGGGGCCGCGUCGGGUUGUGGUGGUGGGUGGGUGGUGGGGGGGUUACGACACAUUUCACAUUUUAACAUUCGCUCGAUCUCAACGACACUUUUUUACUACGAACAAUAUCGCUUGUCAACUCUUGCUAUGUGCUGCUUUGCUGUUGUGCACCGCGCGCUUGCGAUACGGGGGGGGGGGGGGGGGCAUGGGGCGGCGUGGAUUGCUGAAGAGUCAGAGCCGUCCGCAGCAGUACAGGUGGAGAGACGAGGGGAUCGGCCGUCUGCCCUGGGCCCCACGCUUUGGGGGGCGGAGGGGAUCCGCACCCCCCCCCCCCCCCCCCCGUGGACGGCUCUGACUGCGCAGCCACUGACUUGGCUUUGCCUGCACUGACGCCCGUUGUGUUUGUCAACCCCUUGCUGAGUGGCGAUGAUGCUUGCGGUGGUUACUUGAAGCGAAUUCGGUGGUGGCAGUGGUUGCUGCGGCUGGCGCCUUGUUGUUGUGGCGGGGAUGGGGUGGGGUGGGAUGGAGGCAGAGGUCGCAACCGGGUACCCGAUACCCGUACCCUACACGAUACCCGUACCCUACCCGAUACCUGGCUACCCGUACCCGGCCAGGUACGGGUAGGCCGUGAGUCACUGGCGAGUCACCGUUUGUCACUCAUUUCCCAACGUCUUGUCUCUUCUCACAAUUCAAGUUCCUAGAAUCAACCCACCCGCGCCUGCAACAUGGCUUCAUCCCAGAGGUCCAAUCGGGUACCCGUACCCUACCCGAUACCCGGCCGGGUACGGGUAGCUGGGUAUCUGGUAGGGUACAGGUACGGGUACCCGUUUGCGACCCUGGUGCGGCCGGGUACGGGUAAGGAAUCAAAUCCCGUUUGCGACCUCUGGAUGGAGGAGAUGACGGGAGGGGAGGUGAUGAGAGACAGAUGAUGAUAGAGACGCGGUGAGAUGAGACGUAUUUCGACUUAAAAAUUUCGUGACUGCAGGAAUUCAUAUUCUUGGUUCUUUCGGUAAAGACACGUGGAUAGAAAACCAAAAUCUAAAUUGAGAUGAGACACAGAUGAUAGAGACGCAGCGAGACAGACGCAAUAAGAUGAUACAGAGAUGGUACAGGCACAGUGAGACAGACACAGAUGGGACACAGAUGGGACAGAUACAAUAAGAUGAUACACAGAUGGUACAGACGCAGUGAGACAGACACAGAUGGGACACAGAUGGGACAGAUGCAAUAAGAUGAGACACAGAUGGUACAGGCACAGUGAGACAGACACAGAUGGGACACAGAUGGGACAGACGCAAUAAGAUGAGACACAGAUGGUACAGGCACAGUGAGACAGACACAGAUGGGACAGAUGCAAUAAGAUGAUACACAGAUGGUACAGACGCAGUGAGACAGACACAGAUGGGACAGAUGCAAUAAGAUGAUACACAGAUGGUACAGGCACAGUGAGACAGACACAGAUGGGACAGACACAGUGAGACAGACACAGAUGGGACACAGUGAGACAGACACAGCAUUGGGAUAAAACAGAUCGGAUGUCGACAAAAUCGAUAUCAAUGUAUUGACGAGGCAGAUCGAUUUUCGACGACAGACAAAUUGGCGUUAUGUUAAUUCGGACAGUGAAUUCACUGAUAUUUGAUAUCGCCCCCUAAUUGUGUUUUUAAUCAUGAACCCCCCCCCCCCCCACCUCGAAUCCCCUUGAGAUAGUUGUAAAUGGGAGGUCGCUUUGCUUGUGCAUUACAGCCACCACCCGAAUCGAAUGUUUUGUGUCUCAACACACUGGGGAAGUGAGCUGUGAAAAAAAUAAUAAUAUAUAUAUAUAGCCGUCGUCGUGGGGAAUGUGAAUAGUUUAAAUCAUUUAUGCCUCCUCCACAUCUCUUUCUCUACGCGUACAGUUUUAAAAAACAUACGGAUGUAACGUACCAAACACGCGUCCCACUCGCCACUAAGGGAUACGUAAACACACAGGUACAAACUCGGGACCGGUUUCGACUUUUCACUGGUUCAUAAGCAGCAGCAGUCAGACUUUGCUUGAAGCAAUUGCUGGUGAAACUGCCCGGAUGUUUAUACGCCGGAGGCUGAGGUCGCAAUCGGGUACCCGAUACCCGUACCCUACCCGAUACCCGGCUAGCUGUACCCGGCCGGGUACGGGUAGGCCGUGAGUCACUGGUGAGUCACCGUUUGUCACUCAUUUCCCAACGUCUUGUCUCUUCUCACAAUUCAAGUUCCUAGAAUGAACCCAUCCGCGCCUGCAACAUGGCUUCAUCCCAGAGGUCGUACCCUACUCGAUACCCGGCCGGGUACGGGUAGCUGGGUAUCGGGUAGGGUACGGGUACAGGUACCCGUUUGCGACCCUGGUGCGGCCAGGUACGGGUAAGGAAUCAAAACCCGUUUCCGACCUCUGGCCGGAGGCUGGUUUCGACUUUUCACUGGCUCAUCAACAGCAGAGUCAGACUUUGCUUGAAGCAAUUGCUGGUGAAUCUGCCCAGAUCUUCUUGGUUCUUUCGGUAAAGUCACGUAGAAGGGAAGCAAUA